AUGGAAUGGAACACACAAGAAUUGAAUGGCAGAUUCAACAAGUCUAACCAUUUGGACCGAAAAGACAUGAUUAUGUUUCCUAUAUUGGAGAACCUUAAUCCAACAAAGAAGAAAACUUCGAACCAUUAUUGGGUCUUUAAUCUGAAUAUAAGAGACCGAAUAUUUGAGGUGCUUGACUCCUGGAGGACGCUCGAUGAUGUAGAUUUGGACAUUAAUGCAAGGAAAAUAGCAGCAACUAUCCGUACCAUGUGGGACCACCACUACCACAAGUCCCACAUUGUGCUGGAUGACUUCAGUCUUGUAAACAUCGACGUUCCCAAGCAAAAUAAUGAGAAUUGA